AUGGGCAUCCUGGCGGCCGAUAUCGAGAAGUCCCUUCGCGAGAAGCUGCCCAUUGCGCAUGUAGAAGUCGUGGACGAGUCCAGUGGCUGUGGCGAGAACUAUAACGUGCUCAUCGUCAGUUCGGCUUUCGAGGGCAAGACAACGCUUGCCAGACACCGGCUUGUUAAUGAGUUAUUGAAGGCGGAGAUUGCGCAGAUGCACGCGUUUACGCAGAAGACGCUCACGCCGAAGCAGUGGUCGGAACAGUCGUAG